AGGAGUUGUGGUGGCACAUUAGGCAGAAGAACAACAGGUGAAAAAUUCAGUAUUACCCUGGCCUAGUGUUAUCACGAUCACUAAAGAAAUCCGAAAUAAAAAACAAGUACGCGGUUGCUUCGGCACAUUAUACGAUUUACGAGUUUUUGAAAAUAAAUACAUCUGGAGAAUUAUCAAAGAAUUACCAUCGAAGAUGGCGUCAGACUGGAUCUGUGCCGUGUGCCUGGACAUCAACUGGGCACACAAAAAGAUGUGCCGCUGGGGCUGCGAUACGGUGAACCCGACACUACCGCCAGGCGUAGAUCCGUAUGGACCGGAAGAAAAGUAAAUUGAUGUGCUAGCCUGCAGCUGCCCCUGCAAGAAAUUAUUGCACCCUGCCUGCCGUCAUGCUUUUGCUUAUUGUGCAAUGGAAUGGAUGAAAUGAGGGUCUUUUCCGUUUGACGUUGAUAUUCAUAAAAAAAAACAAGAAGAAACAAGCGGCUCCUCACUUGAUACAAAGAAAUCAAAUCCUUACAGCACCGCGGGGAUGGCCGGUGGGCCGCCGAUGAGCGCCAGUGGUGGAAAUAAUAACAACUCCACGCCCAUGAGUUGCGGUCCGGUAAACACCAGUGGUCUGCACCAGCCAAGCUGCGGCGCGAAUGUACAGCCACCAGUGGCCGCGGGGACCGCGGGCAACGACCUGAUGUCGAAAGAGGCAGAGGACCUUUUGGAGUCGCUCUUCGCCUGGACAAAAGACGACGGUAGCAGCAACUCCACCGGGGGCGCCAGUACUUCUAACGUGGGGAGUAAUACCACGAAUCUUUUCAACCGGUCGAAUUCGAACGGAACAAGGGUAAGUAGUUUAUGGAAACUUAACUGCGUAUCGAUCGUAUUUUAUUUCGACGUUUUUCUUACUGUUUUUCUUUUUUGCUGAGCAUGUUAGAAAAACAUAUGAUUAUUGAAAAAACUUCCUCUACACUUCUACCAGUCCCUCCUUCCGGAUCCGAGUUCGCUGAUCUCUACGACCUCUUCCUCCAGCAGUAUGUGCGGUUCCUCGCUCCUCGCGGAACUGCUGAAGACCACGUCUUCCUCCAGUCAAGCGGUUGUGAACCCACUGAGUCUGAAUAUGGGCGGGCCAGACGGGUCCCUGGCAAGUCUCGCGAACGCGCUCUCCGCACCGUCCCCGCCAGACUCUGCCAGGACGCAAGCGCCCCCGCUGCGGUUUCCGAGGCCGGCCGGGCUGGACUUACCGCUCCCACCGACGGUCCACGGGUCUUCCGUGCCGAGUCCGCCGCCGAUGAGUUCCUCCGACCUGUUCUGCCCACCAAUCAUACCGCCAAUGGGCUGUUCCGCGGCGCAGCAGCGGCCGCCACCGAUGUUCAACGGGGGAAAUAAUCACCUCUUUCCGCCGCAGAACACACACGACACCUUUACGCCAGUGCAGCAGCACCCGCAGCCGCCGAGAGCAGGAGGACAUCACAACAUGAUCAACCGCGGACCGCACGGUGCGGCACACGGUCCACAGGACAACAGUACGGGAAUGGAAAUAACAACUUCGUCCGAGCGUUUCCACCCGUUGAGCGUGCUGUGUGAUUACAGUUGGUUACAGCAGCAUCUAGAUAUGAUCUACUUCUACUCUAGCAAGUUUUUUUUUUUACCGGCAUAUUACUAGAGGGAGGGAGAGCUAGCAGCUGCGGUAGCUGGUAAAUAGGGUCCUCUGAAGAUCUUCGGAAAAGAAAAUCCUCGGAUCUUCAUCCUCACGUAGUGAUAGAUCUGGGAGCUGCAUCUUGGUGUACUACUGGCACGGGCUUCUGUAGAUCACUAUGGGGUACAGAUUAUGCGCACUUGGGAGGCUUCUGUCUUUUGCAAAUUGAGAGAACUGCAUAUACACUGCAGCAAACGGAGCAAGAGUCUGUGGAUGUUGAAUCUCCGAGACUAUAAUUGCCAGCGGGUCCGUUUAUUUCUAGUAUGAUUGGGAUGGGUAUUAUGGGUUUGCUGCUGGGUUGCCUACUAGUACUACCUAGUUUGUCCGGAUAAGAAAAACUCUUCCUCUACUUCGUUUGGGAGGCACAUGCAGCUCUUUUUCGUUUCUGUUGCGUAGCUUCCAGGGCAGAGGUUGGUCGACCGUUGCGUGUUGGACAAGCUUCGUGGGAUAAUUUUUGGGUGCUCUCAUUGGUGUUACGAUGUUUGCCGUUUCCAAGUAGCCCAUGCAUAUCAUGAUCAUGUAUACGCAUACCGUAAAAACCGUUUUCAUUGUAACAUAAGCACAUACACACAUACCAUUAAAACUGUGAUCACACAUGAAAGAUGUUUGAAAAUACUAGAGUCGUUCCUGCUUAUUUCUUGGGUGGAAAGCAACUUCUUUCCUCUCUAUCACACACGGGCGCCGCAACAACGGACACAAGAUAUCGCGAGGAAAAUUGCCCCCUCCCCCAAGGUUGCAAAAAGUUGUGAUGCGAAGUUUCCAAAUGAAAGCUUUUUGUCAUGCAUGAAAGGAGUAUGAAUCUUUCUGAUGCAGAGUCUAGGCGUGUAUCGCAUCGGUUGCAUGACAAGCGGCGCUCUUACUGGGGUCUUUUGCAAUACAAAUUUCCGCUAUUCACGAUUCAAAACCUGUGAUGCUGAUAGAUGCAAGAGGGCGAAUGUUUCAUUUGGAAAGGUUUGCAAUACAAAUCUUUCAAGUUCGGGGGUGGGGGCAUUUUUCAUUGUAGUACAAAACCGUGUUCCCGGGCGACUGGAUCUGCGAUGGGUGUGGCGAUUUGCAUAUCAAAAUGAAAAAUCCCCCCUCCCCAUAUCAAAGUGAAAAUCUGUGAUGCGGGAUUUGUGUACACAAAUCGGGUUUGUCUUGCAGUAGAGGACUGCAGACAGAUACAAAGCCGGAGCGGGGGCGUUUUGGUGUAGGGACGCCUAGCACGGCAGGCGCGUCCUUUGUAGGCCACACGGCAUUACAAAUUGCCUGCAAAACGCGGCGGAGUCUCUGGAUUUGCCUUCCAGCAAUACAGAGACGAUUUGUGGUCACAAAUCAGCAUCACAAAUCUUCGGAAGUAUCCAUUUUUGGUAUGGGGAGGGGGGAUUUUUCCUCUCAAUAUUGCAAUUCGCCCGGAAUCAGUCCUGCCGGGUGUGCGGGGCGCCACGGGCGAAAGAACGGCUGAUGUUUUCGCAGCGGGACGGGAUCCCGGAGAACGGGUUUAUCAAAAGUAAAAAUGUCUGGGUCUGGAAGGGUUGGAACUUGUGAUGCAAACUUUGGAGCACACAAAAAUUUGUGUUGCAUGAGCGCCAAAAGCUGUCCAUUUCUUGGCAAGCAAGUAGGAAGUUUCUCAUGCGGGACAGGCAUCAUGAGGCGUGCUCAAAACCUGUGAUGCUUUCGCCUGCAUCAGACGCCACUUGCGUGAUCCGAAAUAUGCAUGACAAAUCUCAGAAUCUUCGUCUUCCAGACCCAGACAUUUUUACAUUUGAUAGGGUUGAUGAUCGAGCAGUUGCGGUCCAGAAUGCCGGGCUCGCUCUUCUCCCAGCGGGCACCGAACCAGUGGGGAAAGUCCUCGAACGGAUUGCGGGUGGCUAAGGAUUUGACCGCCGGGGGCGACAGUACUACGAAGGAUAGUAACAAGGACAAUGCUAACGGGACGAACACGAACAACAGCAAUUCGAGCAGCUCUUCCUCAUCUGGUGGCAACAAGCAGUCGAAUACAACCACGUCGAACCCCGGGUCCGCUUCUUCCCCUUCCGUCGACUUGGUCGAUGCGGAUAUGCUGAAAGAAGUCAAGAACUCACGACCGAGCACGGAAAACGGAAAGAUGAGUGACGACGAGCAGAUGAAAAGCUGUUCAAAAAAUUCCUCCCCCAACACGACCGGGGAGAUGGAAAAUGACAAGGAGGAAAACCUAGAAAUGAAAGACAAAGACACGACAACAGGAGAACAACAAGAUGCCGUUGCCCCGUCGAAAUCCACGGAGGAAGAAGGAGGUCAGCAAACUAGUACAGAGAACAAGCACACUUCCUCUUCCUCUACCGGCGGCGGCGGCUCCGCGUCUGUCGUGGAAACGAUGCUGUUGGAGGUGUGCGGGGCCCUACCACCGUCGGACUUGACCAUGAUGGAGAAGGAGGAAAACUCGCACGAAAAUAGCAACAGCAACUCCGCGGAAAAUAACCGACCGCUUUCUCUUUCGGAAAACAUCGACAGGAAAAUCGAGGAGUUGAAGAACGAGAUUCACCGGCCGUCUGCAAAAAUCCUGCCGAACAAAAGUGCUGGCUGCAACGGCGAAAACGCGACUAGUAGCUCUAGCUGUCAAAGCACGAAUAGUUCCGCCAGUAAACAAUACUCAACGAACGCGAGUAGUCCGAUGUUUGGGGAAAACCACAUCGGAGAGGGAAUGGAAGAUUGCAAAAUGGAAAAAAUCGAUUCUACUUGCAGCACUAUGGCGGGCAGCAGUUCGAUGGGGAGUGCGAAUGGCGGGACAACUACGACGGUGAAGUCGGCUAAGCCGGUAUUUUUAGAAGUGCGCUUUAGAAGUUAUUAUUGCCACAGUGGUUGGUUUGCAUACGAAGGUUGCUGUGCAUGUUGCUGCAGGUUGCUAUGCAUGUUGAGAAAUUUCAAAAUAAUGAAAAUCAAAAUUCAUCAAACAGGCUAUCCGGAUCCCGAACAACCCAUUUCUGCGGAGCGCGCCAUACUAGCGUUCUGCGCCACAGCCAUCGCGUUUCGGAAAAGAAAAUGACGAAUUCUUCAACACCACACAGUAGAGAAAAGAACCGCGGAGCAGGGGUGAUGCUGCGACGAUAAGCAGAACUCUUCGCGAAACCAAACGACAAAUUCAAAUUUAGUAUGUGAGCAAUACUAGUUUCAGUACCCAAAGCAAAGAUAAACUCCACAGUUAAUGACGACACAGCCGAUUAGUAUGUCUCCGUACACAAAUAACGAGCCUCGCAGAUGAAAGGACCUGAGAGGUUUUACAAAAUUGUUCAUAUUCAGACACGAUAACUCAAUAAAUUCGUUUCCAAUAUUCAAAAUUAUUCAAUUUAAAGUUUUACAAUUAUAGCAAAGGCUUCUCGUGAUUUUAGGUAACUUGUGAUUUCGUGAUUUCAGACUUGUAAGAACUUAGUCGUCCGGAAACUCGACAGAAAAUAUCCACCCGUGUUGUUACAACGUGACUUACAUUGUGUUACUUACCACCCUGUCUUACUGACCUCCGUUCGUUCCCAAAAGGACCUAGACUUACACUCGUUGCCCGCUCAAGCAUCUUGCAAUAGCGACGUGAGGAUCAUACUAGCAGACUCUUCGUGUUAAAUGUGUGUGGCACAGAGAAAGGAAAAAUUAGCAUGACAGAGUCAGAACCCGUGAGGGAAAAUAUCUAAUGACCGCCUGCUGGUGCUGCAGGUAAAGUAGACAAUAACAAAUUUAUCAAUUUACAACUAUAGCAAAAAUAGCACUCCUUACAGCAUUUUUUAUCGGAUUUGGCAUAUGUUAAUCACUGAAGUUUUAGCUUGGGCAAAAGUACACCACGAAACCUCCUGGUGCCACAAGUGACGGAGUGGCUUUAUCAUACUGGAAGGAGCUAUGAAAUGAAUAGCAUGAAGAGAAGAAGCUGCUUCUCUCACGACAUAUAACAUCGGGCGAAAAUUAUGAUUAUGUUACGUUUGGAGCCGUUGCAGCCGACUCACUAGGAUGCGGGCGAGAUAUCCACCAUCGAAAUAGCACCAGUACAGAUGUAGACUCGGUUUCGGAAAAGUAAAUGCAAAUGAAAAAUGAACGAUGUUGUCAGAUGAACUACUAGGAAGACGGUUAAUAUUAAGUCGAGCAUCACACUUCUGCUUCAGUAGCCGCAAGAGCAUACGAUAAUGGCGAUUACAAUUUUCCUACUCAGACACUCUUCGCUUUUACGAAGCACAAUAUGUUGUGUAUGAUCUGCUAUUCGUAGUACUUCUCCAGCUCGGACGACAAUAUACACGAUGUUUCGAAUCUUACGAUAGACGCCCAACUACUCCGAAAUAAAACACACCAGGACGAGAUAAACCCGACACAGCAUUACGCUAAAAUUCCGCUUACAAAUAUCCACUCUAUUUCCAGUACGUCAGCUUCGUCUCUCCGCGAAUUACGCAAGAGGCAGCGACGUAACACGCUGGAUACCUGAACUAAAGUUUUGCUUUUACCGUAGAUGUGUGUCGUGUUCUACUUUACUGGAUAAACACCACCCAACGCUAUUACUAGACGUAGCGCUAGCGCCAUUCAGGAGUAGUUUCUGCUUUGUGAUUGGCCUUGAACUACAUUUCUCACUCCUAGGGAAGGAAGCUAUCUUUUCAGAUGAUCCACUUUAUGCUAGUAAUUCUAAAUCAGAUUCCACUCGCCUCUUCUCGAGUUACCCGAUGAGUGAAUGUCAAACACCUCAACCUUUAUACCGCCUAUUACUGUAAAUCUGUAUGUAAAAAA